CUGUUUACUUACUAUAAGUGUCGUCGAAUAUAAUCCCGAGUGGGCUUCCUCGGAGGAUGGAGGACGGAAAAGAAGACGUAGGAAGAAGAGGGUGUUUUUUCGUCAAAGUUUUAACCGGAAUUAAAACCGAAGAGUUUGUGGCAGCGACGUCACGGCGGCUUGUCGGAUGCUGAGGAGGAGGAUGCGACUAUCAUGAUUGUGACAACCACCAUUUUUCACAACACGAAUACUAAAUAAAUAUCUUCUGGAAACUAUAAACGCUUCGACUUCUCCAGUAAUGGACUCUCGACAGUGAGGCUGCCUCUUCUCCAAAGUCCCUCAUGGCCCUCGUUCACGAACCUCGUGCCCCGUCCCCGUCUCUCUCCGGCUUCAACACCCCUCUCUCAGACCCCCCGUCCUUUCGCCGCCUCGAUGCCGAAACCCCUUGCACCCCCGAAAUGGACCUGACGCCGACACAGUGCGUUCUUCGCAAUGUCCUCUCUAUAGACACAGGGGGCAGGGUGGAACAUGGCGGCGGUGGAGGAGUGGACGGACAGACGCCAGGGCACAACCAGACGCCAGGCGAAGAACAACAGGAGCACUUUGCCAACAGCGUCCUUAAACUGCACGAGCAUGACGGCAGUCCCAUGAGGACAGAGGGAGAGGGGACGGUGACGGAGGCCGGCAGCGCGGUGCGGAGCGAUGCGUACAACGCCAGACUGCAGUGCCAGUCCACCGGAGGGGGAGGAGGCUUUCUGGAGGGCCUGUUUGGCUGCCUGAGACCCGUCUGGACUAUGAUCGGGAAGGCGUACUCCACAGAACACAAGCAUGACCUGGACGAAGCGUGGGAAGUCCCUUUCGAGGAGAUAUCCGACCUACAGUGGGUCGGCAGCGGGGCACAAGGCGCCGUCUUUCUGGGGAAAUUGCACGGACAGGAAGUGGCCGUGAAGAAAGUGCGGAAUAUAAAAGAAACUGACAUUAAGCACCUCCGCAAGCUCAAACACCCCAACAUCAUUACUUUCAAAGGAAUCUGCACCCAGGCCCCCUGCUAUUGCAUCCUCAUGGAGUACUGUGCCCAGGGCCAGCUCUACGAGGUGCUGAGAGCGGGCAGGAAGAUCACCCCCUCGCUCCUCAUGGAUUGGGCAAUGGGCGUUGCUGGCGGCAUGAACUACCUUCACCUCCACAAGAUCAUCCACAGGGACCUUAAAUCACCCAAUAUUCUCAUCACCUACGACGACGGGGUGAAGAUCUCUGACUUCGGCACGUCCAAGGAGCUGAGCGACAAGAGCACCAAGAUGUCCUUUGCCGGCACGGUGGCCUGGAUGGCCCCUGAGGUCAUACGCAACGAGCCCGUCUCAGAAAAGGUGGACAUUUGGUCUUUCGGUGUUGUGCUGUGGGAGAUGCUGACAGGAGAGGUGCCUUACAAGGACGUGGACUCGUCAGCUAUCAUCUGGGGAGUGGGCAACAACAGCCUGCAGCUGCCCGUACCAGACAGCUGCCCUGAUAGCUUCAAGCUGCUCUUGAGGCAAUCCUGGAAUUGCAAACCAAGAAAUAGACCUUCCUUCCGGCAGAUUCUCCUGCAUCUGGACAUCGCUUCAGCAGACAUCUUGUCCACGCCGCAAGAAACGUACUUCCAGUCCCAGGCGGAGUGGAGGGACGAGGUCAGGCACCACUUUGAGAAGAUCAAGUCCGAGGGCACGUGCAUUCACAGGCUGGAUGAGGAGCUCAUCAAACGACGCAGGGAGGAACUGAGACAUGCCCUGGACAUCCGGGAGCACUAUGAGAGAAAGCUGGAGAGAGCCAACAAUCUCUACAUGGAGCUUAACGCUAUCAUGCUGCAGCUGGAGAUCAAGGAGAAGGAGCUGCUCAAGAGGGAGCAGUCGCUGGACAAGAAGUAUCCAGGCUGCUUCAAGCACCACAGCUCCAGACAGUCGGCCUCCUCCAACUCCAUGGAGAAACUCAUGAAGAAACGCAACGUGCCUCAGAAGCUGCCCUCACACAGCAAGAGGCCAGACUUGCUCAAGUCCGAGGUCAUCCUUCCCAAACUGGACUCCUCCAUGACGCAGGUCACAAUCCCCACCAAGGGCUCCACGUCCCCCGGCCGCUCCCGCCGAGGCAAACCUCGCUACAGGAAAGCGGGCAAAGGCAGCAGCGGCGACCUGGCUCAGCUGAAAGCCACUCUUUCUUCUUCUCUGGCCAUGAUCAGCGCCACCUCGUCCGUCCCUAGUGGUAAGCAACGCCGUGACGCCAGCGCCGCCCUCAGGGGGCUGCAGCAUGACCUGCUGCUCAAGAAGAUGUCCUCAUCCAGCCCCGACCUCAUUUCCACCACGCUGGAGGCCGAGGGCAGGAGGAAGGGGCAAGCGAGGCCCGGCCUGGACCGGGCAGGCAGUCAGAGCGCCUCAGCCGGGCUGGAGGAGAGCACGAGGACCGGAGGGCCGCAGGCGCAACCGGAUGUGAGCGCAGGGACGGACGAACCGGCGGAAAUUCCUCCGCGCAGCGACACGCCCAGCGAAGAUGCCGCCUCCAUCCCGUUCUCCAGCAGCCCUGACUCUCCGUGUGGCAGGGGGGCGGCGGGGAGGGCCUCUGUGACGACGGGAAGCCCUCGCGUCCAUCAGGAUGGCGAAGAGAAGGAGGAGGGGAUGGUGAUCACACGCUCGCCUAGGAGUCAACGCCUCACGCCCUCAGCGCUGCUCUACAGGGCGGCAGUCACUCGCAGUCAGAGACGUGGAGUGUCGUCAGAGGAAGAGGAGGGAGAGGUGGACAGUGAGGUGGAACUGCCAAGAAGAUGGAGGCCGGCCAGCAUGAGCAAAUGCCAGUCGCUCUCCACGUUCAGCUCGGAGAACUUGUCCGUGUCGGACGGCGAGGAGGGAAACACCACCGACCAUUCGCACAGCGGCACGCCCGACGUGGUCAGCACCAACACGGACGAGCGGCUGGACGACAAGAGCGACGACCUGCUGUCCCAGGGCUCGGAGAUUCCGGCCGACCCGUCCGAUCCCACACAGCUGGGCUCUGAUGGUUUGUCUGAGAAGGAAGCUGCCAUCCAACAAGUCAAGACCCAGCUGGCCACUCAUGAGUCCAACUAUGAGGUUUCCUACGACGACUCGGACUGCGACAGCGCCGAGCUGGACCACUCCGGCAUCGCGGAGCCCAGCCAGCCGUCGAACAACUGGUGAACAACAACAAAAAAGCCCAAGCCUGCGCUGAACGUGAUGUCAGUGAACGCACCGCCACCCAGGCAGGAAGUGAACAAACUCAUCGGGUCACGUGAUCAUUCUGCCGUCCGAUUGGGACUUUUUCGUUCUUUUGGAACAACACACGCCCUCAUUUUCUGUCGUUCAUAUUUCUUGUGUUGCAGCAAACUCCUCGCAAGAAUGUUUACAUUGUUGAUACUUCAAGGUGCUGACUCGUUCCCUUUUUCAUUUGCUCGAUGAAUGAAUGAAUUAAUGUACGACGCGGUGGGCGGAGCUAAGCGAAACAAACAGGAAGCAAUAUGUCCAAUCGUGUCCUCUUACACCCUUUUCACAAGCACCCGGAUGUACAUAGUCGUGUUUUUAAUUGAGGAGAAAAAAAAGCAUGCUUGUUGAAAUACUAAUAUUGGACAUUUUAUUGUCACACAAUAAGAUUUUACAUGAAGCCCUCACGACGUUCAUCCACUAUAGAAA